AUGUCUCAAGAAGAUCCAAAAUUCCAGAAUGACCCCAACUUUGACAACUCAGUACAGGUCCAUUUCCCCAACGGUAAAAGUGUUCCAUUGAGCAAAAUCAACAAGCCUCAUGCCAGAAUCCCUGGCCACACCGUACCAGGAAAGAAUGACGAUCCACAAGAGUUUUUCGAGAAACAAAAUGAUGCUCAUCACCACCAACAAGACCAAGCAGUACAAAAAGAUCCAUUCGAAGGACUAGGCCCAGAUGAUAUUAAGGUGGUUUUCCCAAAUGGAAAAUCCGUGCCAUUAUCGAAAAUCAAUAAACCGCAUGCGGUGAUUCAUCCUCAUUCCCGAAGAAGCAAUAAUGAUAAUUCAGGAGGAUUACUUCAAACAGGCAAUCACCGACCAAAAAAUCCAUAA